AUGCCAGAAUUCAAUGGUGAUUCAACACGAACCGCCAUACUGCUAGGCUUUUUGGCCGAAACAAAAAUUCUAAAUUACACUAUUUCGUAUUAUAUCCCAAUUACAAGCGGCAAAGUAGCUAUAUACAACGAAUAUAAAUUUUUAUUGCAUAAGACCAACCUAUCCCAAUUUGAAGCAAUAGUUGAAGAUACGAAGCAGACUCACAUAGAUACAGGCAACCCUUUUUCCAUAGCCACUGCCAGAAAGCGAGCAGUGAUAAUGGAAUUAAAAUCUGUUAUAACAUCAGUCACUCUAGGAAAAAUAAAUGUUAUAAAUCCUAUUUUGUUGAACGGUGUAGAAAUUAAGGACAUCUUAGCUGCGGACCACUCUGCCAACACGAUAAUUUCUUUGGAAACGGAUGCCAUAGCUGAAUGCACCGGAAAUUACAUUCCACUGCACGAUCGCAAAGAAACUGUGAUGACGAGCUUUUGCCAGCCGUUGAAGGAAAGUCCUUGCACGCUACAGCUGCUAAAUAGAAACUCUGCGAACUUUUUAAGAAAAAAGAAAAUCAUUUCUUCAUCUCGUGUAUGCCGUGAUUUGAACGACGUGAAGGCAGACGAAUUAAUGUUAGCCGGGAACCCGGUAACGAAAUCUAGCAACUAUCCUGAGUGCAUGCGACCUGUUCUUAAAAAUUUCAAGGCCAUUGAUGGAAUACCUGCUGAGAAUUUAUCAAAAGACUAUACACCGAUGGACUACGAAGUUGACAUUGACAAAGAUGGCUACCGCGUUGAUUUUAGUAAUAAAGAAGAUAUGAUAAAGUUUCUACAUAGUAGUGAUUGGCAUGCUAUCAUGAUACGUGAUCCAGCACAAGAAUUCACAAAAGGCGAGAUUUUUGACUACUUCUUUAUUACGGUAUCACCAAUGUUAUCAGACAUAUUCCCUUGUUAUUAUAAGUUUGCGGCUGGUGAGCAUCAAUUCCUAGUGCGUCAAUGCUUCGAUCAAUUAAAAUAUUUAGUUGACAUUUGCAAAAUGGAAAUAAAAGUUCCACGAUUUUCUAAUGAUUACCAUUCAGCACUUUCUCACGUGAAUAUAGAUAAGGUCUUAAAAUACUACAUGGUUAUGAAUAUUAGACCUUAUAAACGGGGACAAGUAGAUCCAAUGGACUGCAUUGAUAAAGCACUAACUCGCCGUUAUAAUGGCAUAAACAGACUGCUGAAUCUGGACAACUUUCAAAGCAUUGAUGGAUUGGAAAAUAUCAUAAUUAAUUUAAGCUCACCGAAAAUGCUUAGCCGCGUCCUCAUGCAGGCAUCACGAAAAUGUCUUACCAGUUGUGUGGAACUUCGUUUGGCGCACAAUAAAAUUACCAAUGCCAAUGUAUCGAAAGUUUUGAGUUUGAUGAGCAACUUGAAAGCAAUAGACUUAGGUAACAAUUGGAUAUUGGAUUUGGCAGAUGUAAAAGAGUUAUCUGCGCUUGGCUUGAAGACUUUACGACUGGAUGGCAAUCCAUUGUGCGCGAAAUAUUCCUUCGCUGGUGAAUAUAUAAGAGCUGUACGGAGACAUUUUCCAGAGCUGACAAAACUGGAUAACACUGACUUAAAAAAAGAAGGCUCUUUAACUUCCCAAAAAAAUUUCCUGUGCGAUGUAAGAGGAUACGAUUUCGUCGACGAAUUUGUUCCACUAUACUUCAAGGCAUUCGAUUCAAAUGAGCGUCAAUCUUUGAAAGAACUUUACCAGCGCAAUGCAAUGCUUACAGUUUCCUUUAAUUAUCAUAUUGCCCAAAUGACGUCGCAAAAUUUUCGACGCAUAUCCAAGUAUCGUGAAAAUAGUAGAAAUAUUUUAAAAAUGUCAGAUCUCUCUCGGGCCCACACAACUAUACAUCUGGGCUCUGACCAAAUUAUGCAAACCUUUUUGCAACUGCCCAGUAUACGACACGAUUUGUUGACUUUUAGCACAGAUACAACGAUUUACAAUGACAAAAUUAUAGUGAUAACAAUCAGCGGCGUCUUUUACGAUCAAGCACCAAGCAUGAUGGAUAAUGACAUAUUAAUGGCAUUCACGCGCAGUUUUGUACUCACACCGGUAGAAAAGCACCAAGGGAUUCUCGGCAGAGCUAUAAAGUACCAAAUUUGUAAUGAACAACUUAGUAUAUACAACCCAACGGCCCAGCAAACUAAAAAGGCAUUCAAGUAUUUUAAAACAGAGGGGCAGAACAAUGACGACGAAGUAACUGUAGCCGAUAAAGCUCUCAUUAUAAUGUUUCAAGAAGUAACAAACCUCAAAUGGGUAUGGUGUACGCGUUUCUUAGAUGACGCAAAAUGGGACAUCAAAAAAUCACUUCUGCUUUUUUUAAGUUUUUGUGAGAAAAAACGGAUACCUGAUACGGCCUUCAAUUAACCUAAAUAAUACCUAAAAAUAAAUCCCUAAAAUAGUUUUCAUUUACUUAAAACGAAUAGCGGAUAUUUUGCUUAAAUCACUCUUAGUUGCUUCUGAGUGUAGAUGCGCGCGAAACUGUCAAAUAUCGUCUGGGUAAAAACCAGAGAUCCGUUUGGGAGCGAGUUAAAGUUUAGAGGGCGAAACGGGUACGGCGUCUGUCCAUGUUUUUGCUGUUUUAGUAGCAGCGGCUACCUAUGCUCGUAUAGAAUCGGUUAGUCGCACAAUCGUUGUCGCCAGGCUCAACUAACUGUAGGCCUAGGAAACUAGUUAUUUCGACGGGGCCAAACCAAAGGGAGCGGAAUGUUAGUUGAGUUGAGUGAGUUUAGUGGUCAUGUGAAGAGGGGGUUGUUGUCAUGUGUGGGGGUUCACAUGUCGGCCAUAUAUAGGGUACGUCGGGGUCUAGUCUGGACAAGCUGGAGUUUAACCUACUACAAUAUCCAUUUCCAUUUAUUAUAAAACAUGACGUUAGUACACUAAGAUCCCAAAGAUCUUUUUAGUGCUACUGAAACUUAAGAUUAAGAAUUAAGCGUUCCCACGACAGUCAGGUCUACGUAACCGGAACGACCCAGAUUUAUAUUUGGCCAAGGACUGU